GCACAAUACAUAGGUGUAUUUAGGAAAUGGUAUGCUCAGGACUUAACUGAAACUGAUGCAAGAAACAUGUUCAGAAAUGGAAGGUUGAUGACCAAGCUGGAUGUAACCCAGCUGAUAGCAAAAGGUGCAAGUUAUGUACAGCAUCCAGUUUCCAGACAGUUCCACCAAGAAGGCAGCUCACACCAGAAUGCAGAGGAAGGAAACAAUUUUGCCUCUGACAGUCAUGCCUAUGACACUCACAUCCACUCAUCACCACUGCAGAAGAUGUUGCUGGGUGUUGGCUCCUCAAUUCUUGGACUGUUGGAUCCAACAAGAGCAGAUUUGGUAGCUGUGUCAGGAGAGACAACAGGAGCUAUUGUUCUUCCAUGUCUCCUGAGAAAGAUGCAGGAAGAUCCAGAGGGGCAGGAUAUUCUGAGGGAGCGGCCUGUCAUCAACUCACGCUCCGUGGACCUGGAGGGCCUGGCGCGCCUGCCGGACGGCACGCUCGGACGCGAGUACGUCCGCUUCCUGCAGGACCAGCGUGUGACGCCCGAUAGCCGGGACCCGGUGCGCUUCGUGGACGACGCGGACCAGGCGUACGUGAUGCAGCGGUACCGCGAGUCGCACGACCUCGUGCACACCCUGCUGGGCAUGCCCACCAGCCUGCUGGGCGAGGUGACCGUCAAGUGGGUGGAAGGCCUGCAAACGGGACUGCCCAUGUGCAUCGGAGGCGGCCUGCUGGCGCCGCUGCGGCUCAAGCCCAAACAUCGUCAGCUCUACUGGACGACAUGUCUGCCGUGGGCUCUGCGGGCCGGCCGCCAGGCCCGCUUCCUGCUCAGCGUGUACUGGGAGCGCCGCUGGCACCAGCAGUUGGAGGAGCUGCGGCAAGGGCUGCACGUGCCGCCGCCGCCGGCCCUUAGCUGACGGUCCGCUGCGCCGUUGGCACCAGCAGCUGGGGGAGCUGCGGCGAGAGCUGCACGUGCCGCCGCCGCCGGCCCUUAGCUGACGGACCGCAGCACCGCUAGACUCGGACCGCCGUCGAGGCGGUCUGAGUGAGUUGGCGCGUGGCGUCUAGUCUGUGAUGAAUGCCUGGAUGCGUGCCUCGUCCUGGGCAGGUGCAGCUUUUGAGCUGCGUUUAUGUGCUUAUAUGGCUUCAGUACAUGUGUGAUGCAGGUCUUCAUGGAUUACAUAAAUGCGUGAAUUUCAGAUUGGUCGGUGGAUUGGAAUGGACUUAAUCCGGAAGUUUCUGAACGACACGGAGUAGGACUAAAAUAUAUUGAAAACCUAGCCUGCACAAGUUGGUUAGAAUGAGUUUGUUAGAAAACCGUUCCCAAUGUAUAGGUAGUAUAUUCGUCUUACGUGGCUCAUCAAGCAUCUGAUGAUAAACUGGAUUGAAAUGUAACAGAUCGCCUUGCUUCGGAUCAGAUUGAAUCACAUUGAUCGGAUCUUUGGGGAAAUGUGUUUGCUUUGGUGUGUUGGAUCGGAUCCGACUUAAUAUGCUUGGGCGAGGUAGAUCGGUGGGUGGACUGCAUUGGAAGUUGGUGGAUUGGAUCUGGACUCAGAUAAUCAUAAGGAGCCCUGUGGUGAUGCCGUUUCCUGCACUGCCCGUCAAACAAUCGAUUUCAGUCCCGCAGCAGUUUAAGAAUGGAGGGAACACGCCUGAUCCUUGCAGUAAGCAUCACCAGGGGCACCAUGCAGACUGCCUCGCACUGCGUGCGCGUAUGCGCAACUGUGGGCCUUUUGCAAUUCAUUAUCCAUGCUCUGCGCAGCACGCAAACGUUUCGACUAUGUGUUGUAGGUAUCGUGUGGGAAAUGCUCAGGACACAUGGUCGUUAAGUUCGUCGGGCAUAGUUUGCCUAGCAUAAGUUUGUCAUGUCAAAGUUCGUGUGCAUCACAAGUUGGUCGAUGACAACAAGCUCAACGUGCUGAAGUUGGUAUGGGGCAAAUGUUCGCAUGUGACAAAUAUUUGAGAACUCCCACGCGGCUUUGUGCAGAGGUGUACACGUGGUGUUGUCACUCAAAAUUGCCAACAUCCAAACACGGUCGUCUUAUAUAUACACAAUCCUGUCAGGAUGACCUUAGGCCAGACCAUACAGGCAGUCCUCUCGAAAACGCCCAAAAUGUGUUCAAUGUACGAAAUUCAUGAUUUGAACACAUCCUGUAUUGUUCAGACACAUAUUCACGUCCCCCCUCCUCUCGGGCACCGCUCAAACACUCCCACUCCCGACCCGCCGCCGCCCCGCCGCCAAGCGGCUGAAACUCGCACCGCGCUCCCGCCUUCAACGCCUGCUUCACAGCUUUCGGUAGCCUCGCCACAAAUGCACAGCACAGGCCACCUGCGCUGAGCCCCCCGAGCAGGGACGCAAACUGCUGGAGCUCCGCGAGGAAAACAUCUACGGAACGGCUGUCGCAGUGUGGCCAGACCAGUGAGGACCGUCUCGGCCUGCGCACGAGAGGACUGUCACGGCGCAGCAAGACCAGGGAGGACUCUCGCGCUCCGCACGAGAGGACUGUCGCAGCGUGGCCAGACCAGUGAGGAGCGUCUCGCCCUCCGCACGAGAGGACCGCCACGGCACGGCCAGACCAGUAAGGACCGUCUUGCCCUCCGCACGAGAGGACUGUCACGGCGCAGACAGACCAGGGAGGACUGUCUUGUCCUCCGCACGGCAGGACUAUCGCAGCGCGGUCAGACCAGAGAGUGGAUGUCUCGCCCUCCGCACGAGAGGACUGUCGCAGCACAGCCAGACCAGGGAGGACUGUCUCGCCCUCCGCACGAGAGGACUGUCGCAGCACAGCCAGACCAGGGAGGGCUGUCUCGCCCUCCGCACGAGAGGACUGUCGCAGCACAGCCAGACCAGGGAGGACUGUCUCGCCCUCCGCACGAGAGGACUGUCGCAGCACAGCCAGACCAGGGAGGACUGUCUCGCCUUCCGUACGAGAGGACUCGCAACGCGGCCAGACCGGAGAGGACUGUGUCGCCCUCCGCACGGAUGGUCUUCACGACGCCUACCGGAGACCGCACAUUGUUUGACAGUGUCAGGAGGUGGUGAGAGUGCGAAAGCACUUCUUAUGAGAUGACCUGGC